UCAAUUUGAAUAAAAUUCUCCUUCUUCCCUCACGGCCUCGACGGAAGAAACCCUACUCUCUCUUUUCUCUUAAACCCUCUCUGCCUCGCCGGAAAAGCACAUUUCUUGCCUUGCGAACCACUUCUUUGUCGUGUAUGUUAUGGUGUGUUAUCUGAGUGGUUGAAGCGUUAAACAUGGCACUUUGCCUCCCUCUUUCAUUCAGCAAUCCCAAACCAGUUGCUUCCCUAAGUUCCAGUUUCGUUCAUGGCGGAACAAAACCUGCAUCUUUUUCGAUCAACGAGAAAUUGAAAACGGGUAACCGUCUCCAAAAUGUCUCUGUUUCAAUUUCUUGUUCCUCUAUAAAACUUGUCCAUGACCGUGCACUCGAUAAGCAUGUUGUCAUGAAGUAUAGGGUUAGGUUAUUUCAAAAGUUAAAAACUUUACUUCUCUCUAAAUCGAAACAUUAUAUUCCAAUUCAUAUUCUGUGUAAAUGUCGUUCUUAUCUUGGUCUUCCCAAGCCUCGUUCUAUACUUUCUAUGAUUCAUAGAUAUCCAUCCAUUUUUGAACUCUUCAAUAUGUCAUGGCCUCCCAAACCACUCAAUCCUACCAAGUUACAUCCCAAACUCUGUGUUCGAUUGACCCCAACUACGGCUGCUGUUGCUGCUGAGGAACUGGCUUUUCAAUCUUCCAUUUCCAACAUGUUGGCUGCGAAACUGCAAAAGCUUCUUAUGCUAUCUUCUCGCCGCAAGUUACUUCUGUCCAAAUUGGUUCACUUUGCUCCACAUCUUGGUAUCCCUCCUAAUUUUAGGUCCAGGUUGUGCAAUGAUCAUCCGGAGAAAUUCAGGACUGUUGACACGCCCUAUGGUCGUGCACUUGAGCUUGUAUCUUGGGAUGUCAACUUGGCAAAGUGUUUGCCGCCUCGUGCAUCCCGUGAUCCUCGUUUCGUAGUUGAUCGUCCUUUGAAGUUCAAGCAAUUGAGGCUUCGAAAGGGGCUUAAUUUAAAGAGACGUCACCAAGAUUUUUUGCUGAGAUUUGAAGAAAUGCCAGAAGUUUACCCCUAUAGGAAUCCUGCUGAGGCUUUUUCCAAGGAAUUGUUAGAGGCAGAAAAGAGAUCUUGUGCAGUAGUAAGGGAGAUUCUUGCAAUGACAAUUGAAAAGAGGACUUUAAUAGACCACUUGACUCAUUUCAGAAAGGACUUUGGCUUCCCAAACAAGUUGAGAGGGAUGAUAAUAAGGCACCCGGAAUUGUUUGAUGUGAGUUUGAAAGGGCAACGACAUUCAGUUUUCUUGGUGGAGGGGUUUGGUGAGAAGGGUGACUUAUUGGAGAAGGAAGAGAUUUUAUCCAUACAGGAUAAAUGGAUGGACUUGGCUAGGGAGUCUAAGAGAAUGAGACGAGAGAGAAGGAAGAGUAGGUUUAGGAAAGAUAUUGGCAGCUUGAAUGAAGCUGAUCAAAAUAAUUCUGACAAUGAUGAUGAUUAUGAUGAUAAUAUUGGGAUCGACAAUUUUGAGAAUGUGUAUGAUGAUGGUUUUGAGAAUAUAUUUGAGGAGUUGGAUUUCGAGGCUGAGGAUGAUGAUGAUGAUGAUCAAGAAGACAAGAUUUUCUCCCAAAGCAAUUAUGGAGAAUUCUGGACUACGGAACCUUUCCCUAUUCAACAUGGUUUGGAUGAACCUCAGAUGCAGCCUUGGUAG